UCGAUGCUGCAGCAGAGCAAACCACGUCUCUCAAACAACAAAUAAACAGCCGCUGGGUGUUCUGCGGUUCUGUGAGCGGAGCAGACAUGGACCGCUACCGUGAAGUCCCGGAUGUGGUUCUGGACCCUGAACCGAAGCUGCAGGGCGAAGUUUUACCGUCAGAUGUCCGCAAAGUGAUUGUUGGUGAAGAAGAGCAGCAACAGUGGAGCCCCCUCCUUGACUCAGAGCACACACACAUCAAAGAGGAGCAGGAGGAAGCCUGGAGCAGCCAGGAUGCAGAUCAGCUUCGACGUCCACAGGAGGCCUGUGUCACCAUAUUAACAUUCAGUCCUGUGAAAAAUGAAGAUAAUGCUGAGGAGAAACCAGAGUCCUCUCAGCUUCAUCGCCAUCAGACUGGAAUGAAAAAAGAAGCCAGGAACUCAGACCCAGAGAGCCAUUCAGAGCCAGGAACUGACAAAGCUUCAGACUCUUCUGAGACCGAGGUGAGUGACGGUGACUGGGAGCAGAACAGGGAACCUAAGUCAGGUCAAAAAUGCCUGAAAAACCACAACUUCACUAUUAUCGACAUUAACUGUAACAUUGAGCGAUCGUUCAGCUGUUCCGAAUGUGGUCAGAGGUUCGGCAGAAAGCCACACCUCAAAGCACACAUGAGAAUUCACACUGGAGAGAAACCCUUUAGUUGCUCUUUUUGUGGCAAAACAUUUUCUCAGAAAGGAAACUCCAUCAGCCACAUGAGACUUCACACAGGAGAGAAACCUUUCAGCUGCUCCAUCUGUAAGAAAAGUUUCAGGUACAGUGGUGACGUGAGCAGGCACAUGAAAAUCCACACAGGACUGAAAAAAGGCCGCAGCAAGGUUGGCGACAUGCUCAGCAGUGGCAUUCACGUGGGGUCAAGACCUGGCAGGAGCUUACAUCCAGACACAUCCUUACAACCAGGAAGUGAUGUUAAAGCCCCAGAACCUGAGACUGAAGCCAACCACGAAGCUUUGAAGGAACCCGGAGAAUCUCUGCCCCAUUUAAACUGUCUGAGGAGUGACGCUGUCUCUCUGAGUGAGAUAAGAAGUACUGAUAAGGAGGCAUUUAGCUGCUCUAAGUGUGGACGGACAUUCUGCCGUAGAGACCACCUGAUCAGCCACAUGAGAACGCACACUGGAGAGAAACCAUUCAGCUGCUCAGUCUGUGAGAAACGUUUCAGCUGUAGCGGGAACAUCUUGGCACACAUGAGAAUCCACACAGGAGAGAAACCGUUUGAAUGUUCAUUCUGCGGGAAGAGUUUUAGUCAGAAAGGAACACUGCAGCUUCACGUGAGAAUUCACACGGGAGAGAAACCCUUCACCUGCCCUUUUUGUGAUAAAAGAUUUGCGCACAAAAGACGCAUGACGCUGCACAUGUCUGUCCACACAGAGGAGAAACGGUUCAGCUGCAGCACUUGUGACAAAAGGUUCACCUGGUAUACGCAGCUCAAAACCCACAGGUGUGUUGGCGAGCCGUCACAGCUCCGCCAGAACCAAAGUGAGAAGGCAGUUCCUCCGAAGGAGUCCUUCAGCUGCACUGAGUGCGGUAAAAUAUUCAGCCUCAAGGGCAAUUUGAAGACACACAUGAGAAUUCACACAGGAGAGAAACCAUUUGGUUGUUCAGUUUGUGGAAAGAGUUUUAAACAAAACGUGCAUCUGACUGAACACAUGACAAUUCACACAGGGGAGAAACUCUAUAAGUGCAGCAUCUGCGGUAAAGGAUUCAAUAAGAAGUUACUUAUUAAAAACCACACCUGUGUUUAAGCUUGGACGCUUUAUCAGCUCUGAUCACAUCCACAGAUUUAUAUUCAUAAGUCACUUAAUAUUAAAGCUGUAGUGAUUCAUUGUAUGUUUCUGAGUGUUGCAUACAUUUUUGUUAUUUAUAUUGAAAAUAUGAAAGCAUUGAGCCUAAAUCUUCCUGCAUAAGGUUUAAAUGCUGCAUCCUGACAGCAACAAAAAGACUGGGAUGUGCAAUAUAUUCAUAAUGAACUUGUAGAAUAAAUUUGUCCAAAGAAGCAAGUAUGUUGAUUUAAAUGUUUGUGGCUGAGCAUACAUGAAAACAAUCCGCCUCACUUUUUAAAUCACUUUGUUCUAUCAAAUAUUGCAUCAAAAUUAUAUCAUUGUCUGAAUAAAAGAAAAACAAACCUGUUUAAAAUGCUGCAGUUUGGAUGAGUUACACCUGACCCCCUCAGAAUCAGCUCAUCUUUCUUCUGCAGGAGUUUAGUAUAUUUAAUCACACUAUGUUAAAUGAUGUUACUUUCAUACUAUGAGUAUUUUCACUUACAGAACCUCAAAGUAUUUGGUCUUCACUCUGUGACACUGCAGGAAACACAGACUAUAGACCAAAUCUGUUUCUGUUUGUCAACAUGAGCCAUCACACGGUUCAGCAUCAGUGUGAUGAAUCAGUCCUCUUUUCAUACAAGGGUGAUCUUAGUUCCUUCUGUGUCAAAAUAGUUUUCUGAUAUAGGAAGUUUUUAACCCUAUGAAGCUGACUCGUGCCUGUGAAAUCACGUUCUGUGUAACAGAUUGGACAGACCACAUCAGCCUAACAGCUUUAGGUCCUGAAUAAGGUUUUAUGACUGUUUGAAGGUUCUGGAUCCCAGAAAACUCGGGCUAAAUGUUGAACUUCUCGUCAGUUUAGAGGGGGGCUGCUGCUGCUGCUGCUCGUCCAUGUUGAUCCAUCCAUGUAGAAGAAAGUCUGCUGGUGCUAAAGGAAGUCGGCCACUGACAGAUUUUUCAUGGAAUGAUGCUGCUGUUGAAAUAUUUACUCUUGAAACCUCCUGACUCCGGAAUUUCCUUCCUUGCAGAAAUAUUUUCAGUUUGUGAAUAUGUGUAUUUAUACCUUUAAAAUUCUGAGUCUAAAAGCUUUAUUGUCUGCACACUUCUUGAUUGUGAGGCUCACAUGAAGCUGAACUUUGACAACAUCCCUUUAAUGG